GCCAAACUUCUGCAGAACUCCCUCUCAGUCAUGGCUGCCUGUAAACUGCUGACUGUGCUGCUUCUGCUCCACAACACUGGAGGUUUCCUGGGAGCAGAGGUGAGGAGCUCCAUCAUUGGUGGGAAGGACUCCUUGAAGGGCCAGUGGCCCUGGAUGGUGCACCUGAACAUCACCACAGACAACGGCCUGGAAAAGUGGCGCUGUGGCGGCACCAUCUUGAAUAAUUUCUGGUUGCUGACUGCUGGACGCUGCUGGGACGGCCAGGUGAACCUCAUCUGGAGAAGAGUAAGCGUGUUUAUCGGUGCCCACGCCCUGCAGCAGCCGGCAGAACGUUACAUGGGCGUGCGCAGAGUGAUACGUCACACUGGCUACCGACGUCUGAUCAACGGGUACAUCAACGACAUCGCUCUGGUCCAGCUGAAGAAAAAGAUUCAGUUCUCCAAACUUGUGUCCCCAGUGAGGCUGGCCAGUGGUGAUGACUCCUUUGACUCCUCAUCGUGUUGGACCACUGGCUGGGGCAAGGUUGGAAAGGUCCCGCUGGCGGACCCAGAGAUUCUUCAGGAAGUUCAAGUUGAAGUGUUACCUCCGAAGGAGUGCAAAGCCACAUUUCCUAAUCUGCAGGACACCAUGCUGUGUGCAGGAGACCGUGCUGGAGGGAAGGAUUCCUGCAAUGGCGAUUAUGGAAAUCCRUUGGUGUGCCAGUCAGACAGUGGUUUUGUGCAGGUGGGCAUCAUGAGUUUUGGGAGCUCUGCUGGAUGUGGUAUCCAAGGGCACCCCAGCGUCUACACCAAGGUGUCCGAGUACCUGCCCUUCAUCAACGAUUACAUCCACCAUGAGGACGCCUCCGCUGAGGUCUGACCCUCCGAGAAGCUGAAGACACAUGUUGUAGCCACCGCUCUGAUCGUCUGCUGUCCUGUUCUUCUGACCAGCUUUUACUGUUUUCACCAACCUGCAAUUAAAGCUUAGAAGCAUCA